AGUCACUGGUGACGUUUGACUCCGUUUCACCAAUCAAACAGAGCCAGGCGGUCACGUGAUUAACUGAACAUAAAGUUUCAGCGACAACCAGCUUAAGCUUACAUGAACUCAACGUCACAUUUGAGGAAGCACAUGGCGGAGCUGACGGGCACGCUGGCGUUGGCCGUGUUCACCGCCGCGCUGGGCUCGCUGCAGUACGGCUACAGCAUGGGUGUCAUCAACGCGCCGCAGCGGGUGAUUGAGCGACACUACGGACGCUCGCUGGGCGUGUGGUCGCCAGAUGUCACCAUCUUGUCUGCAAACAGCACAGCAGACUUGACUCCAGAGGAACAUUCCAGAACUCACCCGUCUGUGGUCAUGUACUGGUCUCUGUCUGUGGCCAUCUUCUCCGUGGGGGGCGUGGUGUCCUCCUUCCUGGUGGGCUUCGUGGGAGACCUGAGAGGCCGGGUCAAAGGUAUGCUGAUGGCCAACGUCUUGGCCAUUGCCGCUGGACUCCUCAUGGGGCUGUGCAAGGUGUGGAGGCCUCACCUCAUGGUCAUCGCCGGCCGCGCCAUCAUGGGAUUUUACUGCGGUUUGGCGUCUGGCCUGGUGCCCAUGUACAUCGGAGAGAUUGCACCCAAAGCUUACAGAGGCGCCUUGGGUACUCUUCACCAGCUGGCCAUCGUCAUUGGCAUCCUCAUCAGCCAGGUCAUAGGCUUGGACUUUGUCCUGGGCAAUGACGACAUGUGGCCCCUGCUGCUGGGUCUUUCCGGGGCCCCUGCUGUCCUGCAAUCCCUUCUUCUGCCGCUGUGCCCCGAGAGCCCGCGCUACCUUUACAUCGUACUUGGCAAGAAGGAAGACGCUCAGGAAAGUCUGCAUCGCCUCAAGGGGGCCUAUGACCCGUCCGCUGAUCUGGAGGAGAUGAGGAGAGAGAAGGAGGAAGCAGACAAGGAGCCGCGGGUCUCCAUCCUGUCUUUGAGCCGCUCCUCCGUGUACAGACGGCAGCUGUUUGUGGCCCUCAUGAUGCAUCUGUCUCAGCAGCUGUCUGGUAUCAACGCUAUCUUCUACUACUCCACAUCCAUCUUCGCUCAGGCGGGCAUCGCUCAGCCCGCCUACGCCACCAUCGGAGUGGGCGCCAUCAACACCGUCUUCACGCUGGUGUCGGUGGCGCUGGUGGACCGGGCCGGCAGGCGCACCCUGACCCUGGUCGGCCUGGGCGGCAUGUGCUGCUGCGCCGUCGCCAUGACGAUCGGCCUCAAGCUCCAGGUGGAGUACUCCUGGAUGAGCUACUUCAGCAUGGCGGCCAUCUUCCUCUUCGUCAGCUUCUUUGAGGUGGGGCCCGGUCCCAUCCCCUGGUUCAUUGUGGCCGAGAUCUUCAGUCAAGGUCCAAGGCCGGCCGCCAUGGCUCUGGCCGGCUGCUGCAACUGGACCAGCAACUUCCUGGUGGGCAUGAGCUUCUCCUACAUCCAGGCCUGGCUGGGCCCGUACGUCUUCAUCCUGUUUGCUGCGCUGCUGUUCGGCUUCACCUUCUUCACGUACCUGCGAAUGCCCGAGACCAAGGGCAAGGACUUCAAGGAGAUCGCCGCCAUGUUCCAAACGGGGCGGAAAAAAGCCGAAGACGACGUGGAAUUGCAGCGGCUCAAAACGAGCUCGCACGCCUGAACAUUUCCGUCCCUGCGUUAGUGUUAUGAGGAUUAUUGCAUCCUUGCAAUCAAUUCAACUCCAUGCAAAAAACGACUUUUAGCUUUACAGCAUAAUCAAUUAUUGACCAAUACAGCCAGGGUUGCCCAAACUGUGUCCACUCAGGGCCACAGAAUGACAAAUCAAAAUAUGUGGGCGUCAUUUUUGUAGUUUGUACCUCCAAAAACAGUACAAAUGACAAUACAUAUACAGGUAAA